AUUGUGCGUUGAACAGAUUAAUUAUAAAGGAGGUAAGAUCUUCUGCAUUUUGACCGCCAGAAAUGCGGCAGAAAACAGAUUCUAUCUAACAACGACCGGUAUAACAAAAUCCCUUCUUUCCAUAGACUGUUGUUACUAGUCCAAUUUGGUUACCUUCCUACAAUCCGAGUACACUAUCAAGUCAUAUGUCUGCAGCAACGAGCCUAACAGAUCUUUCCUUUCGAUCAACUUUUGCCGCACGACAUGGUCUACCACGUUGGUCCACUAAUUCACGACAGGACAUGGCUUUUCGACGAGCAGGAGGGCUGGUGGAAAUAUUAACGACAGGGCCGGUUUUAAUCUUGCGACCCAAUAGCAAAACGAUGGACUAGAAGCUUUGCCUCGAGACGACUUCUGUUGCAUGCGGUUCUAGACACCUUGUUCGUAAUGUUUACUGGCAUGACAUAAACUUUGUUCUCCAGCCCCAUCGCCCGGAAUUUCUUCGUAGUACCUAUGCUCCUGGUUCAGACACUACAACCUGCUAUGCCACCCUCCGUCUUCACAUGCAGCCCUCUCCCCUUAAAAGGCCCUCCUCCGUAUUGCCCUUGCCACAUUUUGUUGCCUGACGCCAUCUUUACUCUCUCGGAGUUUCGCCCCACUCGCUCCGACCCACCGACCACUUGCCCUGAAACAGUAACGACAGCAGCAUCAGCAGCAGCCUAGUACUAUACCAGAAGCGACUGCGACAGUCAGCCCUUAAAGCUCGCAUAGCCGUCGUCAAUAGAGUGCGGUUAUUUGUCCAGUAAUAGAUUUUAAGUGACUCCCUCUUGCUGUUGUCUACGAAGUGACACACCCGUGAGAGUUAUGUGCCGCAGCUGAGCAGUGUGGCUUGUGGAGUCGCGCUCAACCUUUUGCUCGUUGUUACAAUCAGUGUCUAGAAUUGCUAUAGUUGUUUAACGUUCGGCGCUGCUAAAAAAGCGGUAAUGGUUGCUUUGGCGUUUGAGGUGUGUUAAAGGGGCGCAAGUGUCCGAUAGAAAUUUGUUUCCGAUAGAAACGCAUAAAAACGUAGAAGGCGGUCCUCUUGCACAAGCUUUGAUCCGGUUAUCUAGCGGAGUGCUGUGUCGAUCGAACGGGGGGCGGACCGAGAGCGUGGCUUCGGCAUAAAGGAAGUGUGACCCCACGGAACUACAGAAAUUACCUAGCAACAGACGCAUAAACGUGUAAAGGGAGAUUACACGAGGAUUAGCUAGCGUUAAGAUACAUUCAUCGAACAGUUUUGAGUUACGAACAAGCUCUGCACUUUAAUGAGUUCAGGUCACCUCCGUCGCCUCUUCGAUGUGAGACGUCCGCUGCGCCUGCGGCCGCCUUUGGCACGACUUCGUCGUGAUGUCCACCGAACGGCCAGCAAGCAGACGCACAUCAGUCCUCAGCAGGACCAGAAAGCAACCAAUGGAAAACCAAAUGCCGCUAAUCAACACUCUUUACCUCUGCCAAACGAACCCACCGCCCUGUCUCUGGGCCCGCAGCUGCUCUUACCUCCGUCGCGAGGCACUCGCUUUGCGUCAUGGUACAACAGCCACGGUCCUCUACAGACGCCGGGGCAGUUACCGUUUCAAACCCCAAAAUUCGAAGGCACCAGCACCGCGGUCGCUACCUCAGUCACAUCUCCGAUGACAAACAGCCACAACUUCUACAGCUAUGGCCAAAGCCAAUCGCUGACGAGGCCAUUUUCGCAUGCUAAUCGUAUAUUCAUGCCGGAAGAGGAGUUCCGCGAAGGAAAAGCCAAGGCAUUACGUGGGGAUGACGCGCCUCCUGUGAACGUCGAAGAUAUCCUGUUUGAUAUGUUUAAGGAGACUGACGACACUAUCUCGGUGGGGAAAUUCUUCAGCGCUCUUUUCGCCACUGGGCUCAAAAAAAGUGACCAUAGACUCAAGGAAAUGAUGACGAACCUCCGAGCAGUUCACAAGGAAAAAGGGGGCAUGGGGUCAGUGGAAAGUCUGAGCUUGGAUAAGGCAACGUUCAAGAAUGUCCUUAAAGAAAACAUUGUCCUUAUUACAAGAGCACUCAGACACCAGUUUGUCAUUCCCGAUUUCCAGGAUUUCACUCACUACAUCGAAGAUUUCUACUGGAAGUGCAAACAAAACACGGGCGGUAACGUGGCUACGUAUAUUCCCCAGUUGGCAAAGUACUCCCCCGACUUUUGGGGGGUGUCGAUCUGCACCGUUGAUGGACAGCGUUUCUCACUUGGCGAUGCCGAGGUGCCAUUCACAAUUCAGUCGUCAGGCAAACCACUGAACUACGCCAUCGCCCUCUCGGAGCUGGGCGCUGACACCGUGCAUCAGUAUGUAGGCCAAGAGCCUUCUGGUCGAAUGUUUAACGAGCUGGUACUCGACUAUAACCGAAAGCCCCAUAACCCUAUGGUGAACGCUGGCGCAAUUAUCAUCGCUUCAACUUUACUUAAUCUUAUUGAGCCGGAGAUGCGGGCCUCGGAAAAAUUUGACUGGAUGUGCCAAUAUUACCGGGCCAUAUCAGGAGGGGAAUAUUUAUCCUUCAACAACGCCAUCUUCCUCUCAGAACGCGAAGCAGCUGAUCGGAACUAUGCUAUCGGCUACUAUAUGAAAGAGAACAAGUGUUUUCCUGAGAAAGUCAACCUAAAGGACACGAUGGAUUUCUAUUUUCAACUUUGCUCACUUGAGGUAAACUCCAACAGCGUAUCUGUCAUGGCAGCUACCUUGGCCAAUGGAGGUAUUUGUCCAAUUACUGGCCACCAGGUGAUUAAUCCAAAUUCUUGCCGGGACGUACUAUCACUGAUGCAUUCCUGCGGCAUGUAUGACUAUUCAGGUCAAUACGCCUUUAAAGUAGGGCUACCGGCUAAAUCGGGCGUCUCUGGCUGUACGAUGGUCGUUAUACCGAAUGUCAUGGGACUCGGUCUGUGGUCACCGCCGCUUGACAAUUACGGCAACUCCGUACGUGGGGUCCAGUUUUGUGAGGAGCUUGUUCGUGUUUUCUCAUUUCAUCACUACGACAAUCUGCGACAUAUGACGCAAAAGAAAGAUCCACGCCGGCAAAAGUAUGAUACCAAAGGUCAAAAGGUUGUCAACCUGCUUUUCUCUGCUGCCUCGGGCGACGUAACGGCUAUGCGUCGCCAUUACCUCUCCGGUAUGAACAUGGGCCUUUCAGAUUACGAUGGGAGAACUGCGCUACAUCUGGCGGCCGCUGAAGGCCAUCUCGAAGCAGUCGAAUUUCUUCUUAAAAUUUGCGGCGUCAGCCCCGACAAUAAGGAUAGGUGGGGCCACACUCCUGCAGACGAUGCCCGUACAUUUGGCCACUCGCAUAUCGUUGAUUUCCUAUCUAUAUGGGACACGGCGAACUCUACAGAUGAGGGUGAAAGCUUGAAGAACGCCGAGGUCGAGGAGAAACAAAUCGCCAAGCCCGAUCUCAAGGAAAAACAACUCAAAUAGAUGACCAUUAACGGGACGGCCGACCAGUAAAGUUACCACUACUACCAUAACAACACUUCGUCAAGCGUGCGAGCAUCGCUGUCGCGUACGAUGCCGGAAGUCAACGGGAGAGUUGCGCUGUAUUUGAAUGUAUGUGGAAAACAAAUAGAAACCAGAGCGUCAACAUGGAAGCGCGAAAAAGGGAGCGGCAAGAGAGAAAAGUCUUGCCUGAAAAAGUAACACUCAUGCGUUCAGGUGGUCCGCAACAGCAGUCUAACUAGCUUCGUUCAUUGUCCAGUCAAACCCGAUAAAUUCUUAAUUAAAAACAUUGUAAACGCGUUGAACGAACGUUGCAACUGCCUAACCGAAACUGAAUGCUGCUUCUUUUUCUUCUAGUCUAGCUAUUAUAGAUAGUUUAGAUACGAUAGCGUGUUCAGGGGGUGUUCGGUGCGCAGCUAGCGCCGGGUGGAUAUGCGCCGAAUUGGAACUAGCAUUACUCAGCGAAGAUGCAACGCUCGCGUUGCCCUCUGCCACACGAUACAUGUGACAGUCGGCCAGUUGCUGUCGUGUCGAAAUCCGGCGAGCGUUCAGUGUUCGUUACCCACCCAGGGGUACUGAUUGAGACAGACGUGUCCAAGCAGGCAUUGCGUUCUCGAACCAACCUAAGCAAUCAAACGAAGCCCAUGAAGGGGAUGCUGUGUAUGUAAUAAUGUACGAUUGACCACUAGAUAAUACAGUUAUAAUUUGACUAUAUUGAAAAGAUCACGGCAAAAAAGGAUUUUUUGUGGCUCGACACUUUGGGUGUGGACGCGACUGCAACGACGAUUGCGAUAGAGAUUUUGAUUAAAUUGCUGGUUAGUAGAAUUUUUGUGCAGUAAAACAACACAUAAAUGAAAAAAAUUAUUCUUCGCUACACACAAACGAAUAUAACUUCCUAGCAACGAUCAUACACAUAUUUAUCGGGUGCUGGCUAAUCACUGGGGUUUUCGUGAACAAAGCUCGAUUCGACAUAAAUAGUAGUAGUAGACUUUAGAAGAAAAGACAAGUUAUGGAUUUUCCCUUAGCCUCAACGUGGCUCCGAGUAACACCGAAACUAUGCGCCAGUAAACGUAUCCCUCUAUACCUAUCUUCAAAGAGAAUAUUUAUCGUAAAUCACGACACGACGCGGAAAAGAUUACAAAUAAUGCUACAGUAAACUCUAAAUACUUGUCCCAGCAUUAAAUGUCAAGCAAAAAUAUGCAAUAAACGAUUGGAGCAACACUACCAAUUCACUGCUGCAAACUUCAACAGACUUCAGUCAACCUGCCACAACGUAGCUAAAAGGAGAGCGGGGGAAAGAAUUCUAGAGAGGUAAGCUAGGCCACGCUUCAACUGAGAUUGAGUGCUUUCUGUGAACUAGCGACCGUGUCCAGAGGUAACACAGCGUCGAAGGGGAUAAUACUACGAACACACGCUGUCUUUCAAACACAAGAAUAAAGAAGUAUUCAAACAUGGCCAAAAGCGCACCCGUGUUGUCACUUUUAACAAUCGAUAAUGAUCUCA